GUCAUUAGUUUUAUGUUUUCACCUAAAAUUCAGGGAUAAAAAUUGUGUUUUUAAAGCGAUGAAAGUUCCGAAAACUCCCGAAUGGGUUUCCUAUUUGUCUCUUAGUCAGGCGGUAAAGUCUGUCUUGGGGGAUAGUGGCCAGAUCCUGGCGGUUUUUCCAAGCAUUCAUCUCAUUCAGUUUCGCAACUGCACUGUGCUCCUGCCCAUUCGAGUGAAGGUUCAGCUAGAGGACUAUUCGGUAAAGAAGUUAUCCUUUCUGCUUAAGGCACAGCAUGGCACCCAUUAUCAUUCCAGGCUAAUGAGCCAACUGAAGUUGUUCCAACGGGAACACCAGAUGUACCACAAUAUCUUACCGAAGCUGGAGGAACUCUACACAGAGGUGGGCAAGGAGGUAUCCUUUGGCCCGAGGGCCUUUAAGCUUGAUUAUAGCAUCGGGGUUCAGUACAUUUUGAUGGUGGACCUAAAGUCACGAGGAUACAGGAAUGUGGAUCGGAAGGAAGGCUUUAAUAGAAAGUGCCUGAAGCAAGUGCUUAAAAAGCUAGCUCAGCUGCAUGCUGCCUCCGCCGUGUUCGUGGAAAAGAACGGAGAGUUCCAGAAACUAUUAACCAACGGAGUCUACACAAAGACCAAUCAAUCUGUUCUUCACGAACUGCACAAUCCCGAUCCUUUCCUUUCGCAGUUACGACGAUGGCGUUUGGGCGACCAUUUCCACAAACGGCUGGUGGAAAAGGAGCAGGACCUUACCGAUCGGUUAAUGGAGCUCCAUACUUCCAAUACCAAUCAGUUCAACGUCCUUAAUCAUAGCGACUGUUGGGUUAACAAUGUAAUGUUUAAGUUUGACCGUGCAGGAAAUGUAGAGGACACUGCCCUGCUUGAUUACCAGGUGGUCAAAUACGGAUCCCCGGCCAAUGAUCUGUACUAUACCAUCCUUUCAUCCGCCGCGAAGGACAUUAAGCUGGCUCAGUUUGAUGAUAUGGUCAAUUAUUACUUCUAUCAUUUGCUGGAUAAUCUCAAAACUCUAAGCUACCCAAGGACACUGCCACAGUUCAAGGAUAUUCAAGAUGCUCUCAGUAAACAUGGCCUGGCUGCCUAUGUGGUGGUGACUCGGGUAAUGCCAAUUGCGAUGAUGAAUCAGUUCGAGGACGAGGUCAACGAGCGAUACGCCUCUAAAAUGAAGUGUGCCAUGUUCACCAGCCGGAAGUAUAUCCAGGCGAUGAAAGAUAUUCUGCCCUGGAUGGAGAGUCGAAACCUACUCAAUUAAAAUAAAACUAAAAAUUAGUAAAUUUUUAAAGUGUCAUUAAUUAAAGAAAAGCCUGUUACAAAAUUUGGUAUAAAUUUAAAUUCUUAGAUAAGCUUUAUUAAAUGGUAGAGCUAUUCA